UAGAAAUCCCUCAUCGUCGACCUCCCCGGAGCACAGAGAGCUCCUCACCGUUGCUCACGGCCAAGCUCUCCGAGGUUAGGGUUCCGUCGAGCUUUCCUCUCCUUCGAUUUCCCCUUGAUUUCUUGACCCCGAUCUCUUCCUCUCUUCGUUUUGCCUAAUCCUGACGCAUUGAACGAUUUUGAUCAACUGAAAUCCGAUCGAUCGAGUUGAAUCCUUUUGCUCUGGUGGCAGGGAAGCUGGGACUAGGAAUGGUGGGAUCGGAUCGGGAGGAGUGGUGAUUCAGAUGGAUGGGAGAGGGGAUGCGUCGGCGAUCAGGCCGCUGCGGACUAGUGACCGACUGCGGCAGCGGAGGAAGCUGUUUGGAAGGAGGUUUAUGUACUACAAGCCAGCGAUGCGGAAGAAGCCCAAGACAAAGACCCGCACCGCUGCCUCUCAGAUUGCCAAGCUCCUCCGGCCCCGCAACCGGCCUGUGCGGCCUCCCCCUUCGGAUUCAAUAGCAGCCAACCUCCGCCGUUCUACAAGAAAAAGGAAGAUCUCAAUUAAUUUGGAAGACUAUGACACAGACAGUUCUAGCUCGGAAGAUGACGACUUAAUGAGACCUAAGUUUCGUUCUUCUAAACGAAAACCAGAAAACAAUGCAAGUCAUGAUGAAAUAUCAAACUCUCCAAAGCGUAAAAAAAUGUUGAACAAGUCUGCUCCUCGUCGUGAAGGGUUACGGCCUCGGCGUUCUGGCAUCAGGGCAAGGGGUCAGCCAUACCAAGAAUCUGAAGAUGAACAGGAUAGUUCUGAGGGAAAUGCAAGGCAAACUGAGGUAGAAAACGGGAAUGAAGUUGAGGAGGAUGAUGGGGAUGAAGGAGAUGAAGCUGAAGGUGAUGGUGGAGAUGAAGGAGAAGAAGAUGGUGAUGAUGAAGAUGGUGAGGAGCAAGGAAGGAGAAGAUAUGAUUUAAGAAACCGUGCAGAGGUCCGCAGAUUUUUUCCGGAGAAAGAAGGGAAACAAAGACCACGAUCCCCCCGUAGAGUACUGCACCAGGGCAUGGGCUCCAAAAACGGCAAGGACCUAAGAAAGGGUGGACCUCGAUUCCAUAAGCGCCAUCCUUUUACAAGACCUGAGGAUUCUGAUGACUCCCUUCUUGUGGAUGAACUAGAUCAAGGUCCUGCAAUGCCAUGGGCAAGAAGUGGAAGUAGAAGUGGCCCUCCUUGGCUUUUUGGGGGAAUGGAUAUGCAUGGUACAACGACAACUGCAUGGGGGUUAAAUGUUGCUGCAUCUGGGUGGGUCCAUCAGGGCGAUUCUUUCCCUUCUCUCACAGCUGGUGCUCAAACUGCUGGACCAAGCUCAAAAGGAGGGGCAGACAUCCAGCCAUUACAAGUUGAUGAAAGUGUUAGUUUCAAUGAUAUUGGAGGACUGUCAGAGUACAUUGAUGCAUUAAAGGAAAUGGUCUUCUUUCCUUUGCUUUAUCCAGAUUUUUUCUCAAAUUAUCACAUCACUCCACCGAGAGGAGUUUUGCUUUGUGGCCCUCCUGGCACAGGAAAAACACUGAUUGCUAGAGCAUUGGCUUGCGCUGCUUCAAAAGCUGGUCAGAAGGUCAGUUUUUACAUGCGAAAAGGAGCUGAUGUUCUUAGCAAGUGGGUUGGUGAGGCAGAAAGGCAGCUAAAACUUCUGUUUGAAGAAGCGCAGAGGAAUCAACCUUCUAUUAUCUUUUUUGAUGAAAUAGAUGGUCUUGCUCCUGUUAGAUCUAGCAAACAAGAACAGAUCCAUAACUCAAUAGUUUCAACUUUACUUGCUUUGAUGGAUGGUCUUGAUUCUCGUGGGCAAGUUGUUCUGAUAGGAGCAACUAAUAGGAUUGAUGCUAUUGAUGGAGCUCUGCGCCGCCCUGGUCGGUUUGAUCGAGAAUUUAUUUUUCCUUUACCAGGUUGUGAGGCACGUGCUGAAAUAUUAGAUAUUCAUACUCGCAAAUGGAAGGAACCCCUUUCAAAAGAUCUCAAGAUGGAACUUGCUGCUAGUUGUGUCGGAUAUUGUGGAGCGGAUCUGAAGGCAUUGUGCACAGAAGCUGCUAUCCGGGCUUUCCGAGAGAAGUAUCCACAAGUGUACACUAGUGAUGACAAGUUUGUGAUUGAUGUGGAUUCCAUUAAGGUCGAAAAGUACCAUUUCUUAGAAGCCAUGUCUACAAUUACUCCAGCAGCUCAUAGAGGAUCUAUUGUGCACUCAAGGCCGCUAUCUCCGAUCCUCUCUUCAUGUUUGAAAGGACAUCUGAUGAAAAUCAUGGGACACAUAUCUGACAUAUUUCCUUACCAUUCAGCUUCAGAUACAAGCAAACUGGCUGUUCUUUCUUAUUGUUCUGCUUUUCCUCUUGUCUACAGGCCUCGACUUUUGUUAUGUGGCAAUGAAACUGUUGGCUUGGAUCAUGUUGGUCCAGCUGUCCUGCAUGAAUUGGAGAAAUUUCCAGUUCACUCUCUUGGGCUUCCAUCUCUUCUUUCUGAUCCUAGUGCAAAGACACCAGAAGAGGCUUUGGUACAUAUAUUUGGUGAAGCUAGAAGGUCCACUCCCUCCAUACUUUUCUUACCACAAUUCCAGCUUUGGUGGGAAACUGCAAAUGAGCAACUUAAAUCUGUCUUGAUGACACUUCUGGGUGAAUUGCCAUCUGACCUUCCUGUUCUGUUACUUGGAACAUCCACAUCACCUUCUACUGAUUUGGAUGAAGAGUCUGCUGCAAUAUUUGCCCCUCAGCAUGUGUAUCAAGUUGAGAAACCAACUAGGACAGACAUGUUAAAGUUCUUUGAACAAUUGGUGGAAUCUGUUUUCUCUUUUCAACUUCAAGAAUCAAGAAGUAAUUCAAAAGAAAAGACAUCUCUACCAGAACUCCCAAAAGCACCAAAAGAGAUAAGUGGUCCAAAACCAUCCGAGAUGAGGGCCAAAGCAGAAGCAGAGCAACAUGCACUUCGGCGGUUGCGAAUGUGCCUUCGGGAUGUUUGUAACAGGAUCUUAUAUGAUAAACGGUUCAGUGUGUUCCAUUAUCCAGUCACUGAUGAGGAUGCCCCAAACUACCGGUCAAUCAUUCAGAAUCCCAUGGAUAUGGCUACUCUCUUGCAGCGUGUGGAUUCUGGGCAGUACCUUACUUGCUCAGCAUUCCUCCGAGACGUUGAUUUAAUUGCAGCCAAUGCUAAGGCAUACAAUGGGGAUGAUUACAAUGGAGCAAGGAUAGUAAGCAGGGCACAUGAACUUCGAGAUGCGGUGCAAGGUAUGCUUUCACAAAUGGACCCGGCACUGGUCUCAUUCUGUGACAAAAUUGCAGCAGAUGGAGGCCCGGUGCAGGUGGCAGAUGAUAUUGGGAUCUCAAGCCUUACUGCAGGGCCUGUUGUUCAACUAACUGCUGUUACUAGAUCUAGUGCCCGUCUCCGUCAUGUCCAGCCAGAGGUGAAUCUGCAGCAGAGUUAUGAGGCAUUGAAGCGGCCAAAGAAAAUUACUGAAACAGAGCAAGCAGCUUCGAUCAUGGAAGACAAAUCAAACGCAGUGACCGAAUCAGAAACAUCAAAAUCCGGUAAUUCUCAACCAGGAUCAUCACAAGAACUGCAAAUGAAUGGAGCAUCAAACAGACUGGACAAUCCCUCACACAAUGAACUCUCCGAAGGCCUUGUAACCGUUUCAUGCGCUGGGCCAACAGACAUUAGCACCAAAGAAGAUGUUGAUAUGGCAGACGCGGAGAUUUCUGAGCAGAUCACAUCCAUAAAGCACCGCUUGAUGGAGCGCGCCGAAGGGUAUGGUGUACCAGAGCUGGAGAGGCUGUACAUGCGGAUAGUGAAGGGUGUUAUAGCAGUGAGGAGUAAAGAAGCUGAAGAGAACCAUAGGCUUUCAAUUUUGAGGUAUCUGUUAAAAUUUGUUGAAGAUGAUGACAAUUUCUAAAGUUUUUGACCCUAAUAAAAAAAGGUUUCUUUUUCAUUCA